AACUUUCCCAGUCGUGGUUUGCUGGACGUGGACACAAUGGCAUCACCAGACGCAAGUGAUCAUGUCCCAGGAAAACUUCACAAAUACUCACAAAGUUUAAAAACAAUGAUCCCUUUUCGCUCAAAGUCAAAGAAUCCAUCUCCCGCUCCUGUGGAUAAUGCCGGACUGUUUUCAUUCAUCACUUUCCAGUGGUUGGCACCUGUGAUGAUCAAAGCCUCGGGAGGGAAACUGAACCAAGAUACACUUCCCCCCCUCUCCGAGCUCAGCUGCUCAGAUGCCAACGCUAAAAGGUUUAUGCGUCUUUGGGAGAAAGAAGUGGAAAGGGUUGGCUAUAAGAAAGCUUCCUUGGAAAGAGUCACUGUCCAGUUUCAGCGAACACGGCUUAUUGCAACCCUACUGUGUACAAUUGUCUCCAUGACCUGUGCCUUUUUGGGACCGGGAAUCUUGAUCAAUGCCAUACUUCGACACGUUGAAGAGAAGUCAGAAAACCUUGUUUAUGGGAUCGGCCUUUGCUUUGGACUAUUCACGACGGAGUUACUGAAAAUCGUGUUCUUCGCAGCAGUCUGGUCUAUCAACUACCAGACUGGUAUCCGAUUAAAAGGAGCGGUCAACACAGCAUUUAUAAAGCUGCUGCAUCUUAAACAUUUGAACAACACGUCCAUUGGUGAGGUGCUGAACUUGUUAUCAAACGAUGGCCAACGAUUAUUUGAAGCAGCCUUGUUUUGUCCCCUCUUGUUUGGCAUUCCAGUGUUGCUCUUCAGCUGUACAGUAUAUAGUUAUUUUUUACUUGGACCGACAUCAUUAUUUGGAAUUGUUAUUUAUGCUUUGUUUUUACCCAUUCAGAUGUUACUGGCACAAUUAGUGAUGAGAUUUCGGAGUAAAGCCAUCACACAGACAGAUACUCGCGUUCGACUGAUGAACGAAGUGCUGACGCAUAUUAAACUUAUUAAAAUGUAUGCAUGGGAAAAAUCAUUUGGUCGUUCUGUUAAAGAUGUGAGGAAAAAGGAAACAAAUAUAUUUCGAAAAGCCGGAUAUGUACAGAGUGUAAAUAAUUCCCUGGCACCGACGGUCCCAGCGUUUGCCACAGUCGUCACCUUUGUUGUACACACACUGUUGGGUCAAGAGCUGACUGCAUCCACGGCAUUCACUGUGAUCGCAGUCUUCACGGUCAUGAGAUUCACAUUGGGUACUGCGCCCUAUUCCGUUAAAGGGUUUGCAGAGGCCAGAGUUUCUUUGAGAAGGUUAAAGAAAAUUUUGAUAAUGGAGAACCCUGAAGUCUAUGUGAAAUCUCUGCAAGAUUCGCCUUAUGCAGUGGUGUUGGACAAUGCAUCGCUCUCGUGGAGCAGUGCAAAUGGGGAUGAAGGGGCACCAAAUCCUGGCGACGGGGUCUCAAAUAGAAAAGAUGCCUUUGACACCGACAAAACACGGCAGACCAAUAUUAAUGGGCAGGUGGGUCAGUCGGCCCCUGAAACUGCAUCAGAGGAAGGUGGUGUUGCCUCAACGACUCUUUGCAACCUCACCCUCAACUUGGAAAAGGGAAUGCUUUUGGGAGUUUGUGGAAAUGUAGGAAGCGGGAAGAGUUCUUUACUAUCUGCUCUGCUUGGACAGAUGAAUCUGCAUAGUGGGACGGUCGCUGUCAAUGAAUCACUGGCCUUUGUAUCCCAGCAAGCUUGGAUAUUUCAUGGGACAAUCAGGGAAAACAUAUUAUUUGGAAGGACGUUAGAUAAUGAAAGGUACAAGAAGGUGAUUGAAAUCUGCUGUCUGGGACAAGACUUUGCCGCGCUGCCCUUUGGAGACACAACUGAAGUGGGUGAAAUGGGUAUCAACCUGUCGGGGGGUCAGAAGCAGCGGAUCAGCCUCGCUCGAGCGGUGUACUCAGACCAGGACAUAUAUUUACUGGACGAUUCCCUGUCGGCUGUGGAUGCUCACGUCGGGAAGCACGUCUUUGAACAAUGCAUCAAAACAGCACUCGUAGAGAAAACUGUGAUUCUCGUCACUCAUCAGCUGCAGUAUUUGGAGCACUGUGACGAGAUCCUUUUGUUGGAAAACGGAAAAAUCAAGGAAAAGGGAAAGCAUGAGGCACUGAUGAGCAGGAACGGACACUACGCCAAUCUCAUCAGUAAUUACCAAAUGAACCAACCUAAUGAAUCAGAACAUGAUGGGAUGUUGCCACUGAGUUCAGGAAAAGGAAACGUACAUGGACGUACUCCCUCCAUCACACGACACCAAGGCUUGGACAAUGCUGCCUUCGAUAUGACUGAUGAGAAAAAUGUCGCAACAGGCGAGAGUGUUGAGAAUGCAACGAGAGCGCGGCCGAAUGGACACACUGAGAGAGCCCCUAAAGGACGGCUUGUACAGGCGGAAAGAGCAGCGACGGGCUCUGUCCCAGCAAAAAUCUACCACCGUUACAUCAAGGCAGGGGGAGGAUAUGUUUUCUUUCUGUUUGUUCUCAUCUUGUUCGGCCUCAUGAUAGCCUGCACAACCUUUAACGGAUGGUGGUUGAGUUAUUGGAUAUCAGAGGGAGCUGGGGCUGACUGUGCUGCAUCGGGCAACAAUACCACAGCAUGGGACUGCAGCAGCAUCACCGAAAACCCCCAGCUCCAGUUCUACCAGCUUGUGUACGGAAUGUCCAUUGUCGCCAUCAUUGUUCUGAGCGCCAUUAAAGGAUUUUUCUUCACCAAUUUUACCGUGAAGGCGUCCUGUUCGCUGCACGACAAAGUGUUUUAUAAGAUCUUACAUUGUCCGAUGGCAUUCUUUGACACGACUCCAUCCGGGAGGAUUAUCAACCGCUUCUCCAAGGAUACGGAUGAGAUGGAUGUGAGGCUGCCUUUUAACGCUGAGAAUUUCCUGCAACAAAUCCUGGUGUUUACCUUCAUAGUCGUUACUAUAGCAGCGGUGUUCCCCUACUUGCUCAUCGCGGUGGCUAUACUGGGUGGCAUUUUUGCGCUUUUUAUCAGAAGGUUUCAAGGCAGCAUCAGAGAGCUGAAGAGAAUAGAGAAUGUCAGCAAAUCGCCCUGGUUCUCACACAUCACAUCAAGUAUUCAUGGCCUGAGCACGAUACAAGCCUACAAUAAAACCAAUGAUUUCAUUAAACGAUUUAAUGAGUUAGGUGACAGGAAUUCCGGCCACCUCUACCUGUUCCAUUGUUCCAUGCGUUGGCUCGGUCUGAGAAUCGACUCCCUCACGAUCCUUAUGACUCUCACUGUGGCACUCUUUGUCGUCUUGAGUAAAGACUCAGUCUCUGCAUCAAACAAGGGACUUGCUUUAUCAUACACCGUUCAGCUGACAGGGUUGUUCCAAAUGUGCAUCCGAAUGGCAAUUGAAACAGAGUCCAGGUUCUUAUCUGUGGAACGAAUCGUGGAAUAUAUACAGACUACUGCAUCAGAAACUCCAUGCCACACCGUAAAGUCGGACGUACCCAAGAACUGGCCAAACUGUGGUGCAAUUAAGUUUGAGAAUUAUCGGAUGAAAUACAGACCAGAUACUCCGAUAAUCCUGAAGGGACUGAAUUUAAGUAUAAAUCCCCAGGAACAUAUUGGAAUUGUUGGAAGAACAGGAUCUGGAAAGUCGUCUUUGAUUGUUGCUUUGUUCAGACUGGCGGAUUCCGUGACGGGGACAAUCCUGAUCGACAACGUUGACAUUGGCACCGUAGCUCUGGAAGAUUUGCGAAGUAAACUCUCCGUCAUUCCGCAAGACCCCGUCCUGUUUGUGGGCACAGUGAGGUACAAUCUCGACCCCUUUGGGAAAUAUAAAGAAGAUGCAAUUUGGGAUGUCCUUGAAAGGACAUACAUGAAGGAAAUGGUGACUAAGCUCCCUAAGAAACUGGAAGCGGUGGUGGUGGAAAACGGGGAAAACUUCUCGGUGGGAGAACGUCAGUUGCUGUGCAUGGCCAGGGCGCUCCUGAGGAACUCGAAGAUAAUAGUGUUGGAUGAAGCUACAUCCUCCAUCGAUUCGGAGACUGAUUCCUUGGUUCAGGACACCAUCAAAGAAGCUUUCAAAGACUGCACCAUACUAACAAUCGCACAUCGGAUCAACACCGUUCUGGAAUGUGACAGGAUACUAGUUAUGGAUGAUGGAAAGGUUGUGGAAUUUGACACUCCAGCGGCAUUGUCACAGGAUCAGAAUUCCGUUUUUACAUCCAUGCUGGCAGCAUCAAACAACAUGAGUUCAUAAAUAGGGAGUGGAGCCAAUUCAAACAGCUGGUCCUAAUUCCUAAUGAAAGAUAUUAUGAUUGGAUCAGAAGAAGAUUGAUGGCAGGGGAUUUGAGUUUUAAAUGCUCUUAUGGAGCUGGAUGCAGUUACUUGAAUAAAUCAAUCAAUGUAACAGCGAAUUAUUUAGAUGAUCUAAAUGUUUUGACUGUGGAAAGAUAAAUUGGUUCCUGGUAUUAUUAUAAUAAUAAUAUUAAAAUUACACAUCAUGGGUCUCUGAGAUAAUUUAUUUCGUGAAUUAAAACAUUAGACGCACAGUGUAAAGGAAUGUUGUGGAUAUUCAUUAGUAUAUUAACCAGAGUUCUUAAUUACAAAUUGAUGUUGAUUUUGAUGAUGAUGAAGAAACGCUGUUAUCACUUGUACCAAACUAGGUGCAGUGAGAGUCACUUGCUUUGAAACAGUUAAAUAUUAUUGAUUGAUACAAAUAGAUGUAUAGAUGCUCCUGAACACAUCGGAAGCUCAGAGGGGAUAGAGCCUUUUCUGUUGCUGCCCCGGCACUCUGGAACACCUUGCCGCUGCAGAUCAGACAGGCCCCUUCACUGUCCAUCUUUAAA